GUUUGUCUAUAGUCUUAUUGUAGUCAUCGUCAGGUUUGUAUUUUAGUCAAAAUAACAGUUGUAACAACUAAACGAUAACACAAUAUAGAGCCAAAACAACAUUAUCAUAUUGUAUGUACGUGGCUACUCCAGCAUUAUAUAUACAUAUAUAAAAACUAGUCACCUGGUCAAGCAAACUACCAAAGACAGCAGAAAAAGAAGAAAGAACCAGGCAACAGGAGCUUAAAUUUGGAGGAGAAUUUACAAAAUUAUGAAACCGAUGAUGGUAAAGAGCGAGAAUAAUCAGAAUUGUAGUCCUAGGAGGCGCCGGGUUAGCAUGGCAGAUAGUGAAGCUGAAGCAGCAUUAAGGUGUGUUAAGAGACGAAGAAGAGAUAUUCCAACUGAGGUUGUUACUUGUGAUGAUAACAAGCCUCAGCAGCAGGCCCAGGCUGAUGAUCAAGCUUCUCCUGCCACCACUACUGUCAAAAGAAGCUCGAAAUAUCGAGGUGUUAGCAGACAUAGAUGGACUGGUCGCUAUGAAGCUCAUUUGUGGGAUAAGCUUUCUUGGAAUGUAACACAGAAAAAGAAAGGAAAGCAAGUUUACCUUGGAGCUUAUGAUGAAGAAGAAUCUGCAGCAAGAGCAUAUGAUUUAGCUGCACUUAAGUACUGGGGGACAUCGACUUUCACCAAUUUCCCGAUAUCAGAUUAUGAAAAAGAGAUUGAGAUAAUGCUCACUGUGACCAAAGAGGAGUAUUUGGCCACUUUAAGAAGAAAGAGCAGUGGCUUUUCGAGAGGUGUAUCCAAGUACAGGGGAGUUGCAAGGCACCAUCAUAAUGGUAGAUGGGAAGCAAGAAUAGGAAGAGUUUUUGGAAACAAGUACCUCUAUCUUGGCACAUACAGUACCCAAGAAGAAGCUGCUCGUGCUUAUGACAUAGCAGCCAUAGAGUACAGAGGAAUCAAUGCUGUGACCAACUUUGAUUUGAGCACUUACAUAAGAUGGUUGAAGCCUGAAGCAGCCAGCAACCCAGUUGGUGGUUGUGAAUCUUUACCUGAGGUUAUGACAGAGCCUCAAACACUUCGGUCCACAACCAACUACGGUGCACCAACAGAUCGAGAUCAGUUUCCCAGCACUAAUCCUUUCAUGAAGUCUGAUAAUGAUUACUUGAAUAAGUACUCUCCAACUCCACCAAAGCAACAAGUAGUUAUCCAAAACAAAAGCCCUCUAAUAGGCAGCAAUCUUACUCGCAGCAAGUCUUCUCCUACUGCUCUUAGCCUCCUUCUCCGAUCUUCAAUGUUCAGAGAUUUGGUGGAGAAGAACUCAAAUGUCUCGGAGUAUGAAACAGAUGGGGAUGAGCCCAAGAACCAGCUGCAGGGUGGCUGCAGCAGUGAUGAUGAUGAGUAUGGUGGAUUCUUCUUUGAUGGAAUCAGUGAUAUCCCAUUUGUUUGCGGUUCCAACAGAUCAGAUGGCAUGCAGCUAGGACAAGAAAAAGGAAUUCAAUUUGUUUUGUGAAAGAUCUUUCAUAGCUUCUUAGCAUUGUGGAGUUGAAACUGUGAAGUAUUUAAGUUUUCGUUUUCAGAAGGAAAAAACAAAACAAAACAAAACAGAAACAGAAACAAUAAUUUUCAUCACCUGUAAAUAACAGAGUUUGGUCCAUCAAAAGUCAAAACUAGUAUUGCGGAUGUUAAUAAGGCUUUACUUAGAUAUGUACACUGUUUGCAACACAUAUUGUCCAGAGUGGGAUCGUAAUCUGAUUCAAA